AUGCGUGGUCACUGGAACCGCAUUUUCGCCCCUUUACGGUUUUAUACUGUCAUGCCCAACGACGGCUACCCACCUUCUCACAUGGCUACCAUCUUGGACGGCAACGCAAUUGCAAAAUCAAUACGCGAUGAAGUCGGAGGCCGUAUCAGGUCCAUUCAAAGCACGUUCCCUCGAUUCAGGCCUCAACUCGCGGUCGUGCAGGCCGGCGCUCGCCCCGAUUCCUCGACGUAUGUUCGUAUGAAAGCGAAGGCUGCAGAGGAAGUUGGUAUCUCCUUCAAUCAUGUGUCCGUGCCGGCGGAAUCCACCGUGGAAGAAAUCGUCGAAAUCGUCCAGAAACUCAACGCCAACGAAGCGAUCAGUGGUAUUUUGGUACAACUUCCCCUCGGCCAACAUAUCGACGCUCAGGGUGAGCGUACCGUUACGGAAUCCAUUAGUCCGGAGAAGGAUGUUGACGGUUUUCAUGCGUACAACAUCGGCCACCUCUCAUCCAAGGCUUCUGAUCCGUUGUUCUCACCUUGUACUCCCGCGGCUGUGAUAAGAUUACUCGAGGAGACAGGGAAAUCGUUGUCCGGCGCACAUGCUGUAGUCCUCGGUCGCAGCGAUAUCGUCGGCAGCCCAGUUGCAUCCAUGCUUCGCAACAAGGACGCCACAGUGACCCAAUGCCACAGCCGUACCAAAGACAUUGAAGGCAUCGUCAAGACCGCAGACGUUGUCGUCGCUGCAAUCGGUCGGGCUGAGUUCGUUCAGGGUUCCUGGUUGAAACCAGGAGCAUCGGUUAUUGAUGUCGGAAUCAAUUUCGUCCCAGAUGCCACCAAGAAAUCAGGUCAACGUCUGGUCGGUGAUGUCGAGUUCGAGUCUGCAUACAAAGUUGCAUCACACAUUACUCCCGUUCCCGGAGGUGUAGGCCCAAUGACUGUUGCAAUGCUCAUGGAGAACACGUUCAAGGCCGCCCAACGGCAAUGGGAGAGUUCCAGAAACCGCGUCCUCAAGCCUUUGAAGCUUAACAUCCUAGAGAAAGUACCCUCAGACAUCGAAAUCGCUAUGGCUCAAACACCAAAGCCUGUCACUCAAUUGGCCAAUGAGCUGGGUUUGCUUCCCGACGAAGUGGAAAGCUACGGUAAAUACAAGGCCAAGAUUGAGCUGAGCGUUCUGGAUCGCCUCGCGCAUCGCAAAGAUGGGAAGUAUAUUAUCGUUGCCGGCAUCACACCCACUCCCCUUGGCGAGGGUAAAUCUACGACGACGAUUGGUUUGGCUCAGGCUUUAGGCGCGGAACUCGGUAGACCAGCAUUUGCUUGCGUUCGUCAGCCAAGUCAAGGACCUACCUUCGGUAUCAAAGGUGGUGCUGCAGGUGGCGGGUACAGUCAGGUCAUCCCUAUGGACGAGUUCAAUCUCCAUUUAACCGGUGAUAUCCACGCUGUCACUGCUGCGAACAACCUUCUAGCCGCUGCUUUGGACGCGAGAAUCUACCAUGAGGCUACUCAGUCUGAUAAGGCUCUGUACAGUCGGUUGGUUCCCACAAAGAAGGGAAAGCGCGAAUUCGCGCCCCUUAUGUUUAAGCGUUUGAAGAAACUCGGUAUCGACAAGACCAAUCCCAACGAUCUAACACCGGAAGAGAUCACACGAUUCGCUCGUUUAGAUGUCGACUUGGACACGAUUACUUGGAAUCGAGUUUUGGACACCAAUGACCGCUUCUUAAGGAAGAUCGUUAUCGGCAAAAACUCCACCGAACAACCUCAUGAACGUGAAACUGGGUUCGACAUUGCUGUCGCCAGUGAAUGUAUGGCAGUUUUGGCCUUGGCCACCAGUCUUCAAGACAUGCAGGAGCGACUUGGGGCUAUGGUGGUGGCAACCAGUAAGAGCGGAGAGCCGAUCACCGCUGACGAUGUUGGCGUCACUGGCGCGUUGGCCGUCCUCAUGAAAGAUGCUAUCAAACCCAAUCUUAUGCAGACGCUCCAGGGCACUCCUGUCUUCGUCCAUGCCGGUCCUUUCGCAAACAUCGCCCACGGCAACUCUUCUAUCCUUGCCGAUCGUGUAGCUCUGAAACUUGCCGGGACGGAAGAAGGCGAUUCUCCUGAUCGUGUGGGGUAUGUCCUCACGGAAGGUGGCUUCGGCGCCGACAUGGGAAUGGAGAAGUUCUGCAACAUCAAGUGUCGCGUUAGUGGUCUUAGCCCGGAUGCCGUCGUCAUUGUCGCGACUACUCGUGCCUUGAAGAUGCAUGGCGGCGGCCCCGACGUUUCCCCUGGAAAGCCUCUUCACGAGACGUAUACCAAAGAGGAUCUUGUUACGUUGAAGGAGGGAUGUAAGAAUCUCGCUAAGCAUAUCCAGAACUCUCGCAAAUUCGGUGUCAAGGUCAUUAUUGCCAUCAACCAGUUCUCAUCCGAUACUCCUGCUGAACUUGCCCUCAUUCGCGAAGAGGCUCUAGCUGCUGGAGCCGAUGCUGCUGUAGUCAGCAACCACUGGGCGGAGGGUGGUGCCGGUGCUCGGGCUCUCGCUGAAGCUGUUGUCGCUACUUGCGAAGGUACAUCCGACUUCAAGUUCUUGUAUGAUUUGGACCUCCCCAUCGAGGAGAAGAUCAGCAUCAUCUGCAAGGAGAUUUACGGCGCUGAUGGCAUUGAGCUGAGCGAGCUUGCCCAGAAACAGAUCGCGACAUAUACUAGACAGGGUUAUGGCGGCCUUCCCAUUUGUAUGGCAAAGACCCAAUACUCCUUCUCGCACGAUCCCAAAUUGAAGGGUGUACCUACUGGUUUCACCGUCCCCAUCCGAGCUGUUCGAUUGACAGCUGGAGCCGGCUUCCUAUAUCCUCUGCUUGGUGACAUGCAAACUAUGCCUGGCCUCGGAACACGUCCUGGCUUUUGGGAAGUUGGGCUUGACCCUGACACAGGAAGAGUUGUCGGCUUAUUCUAG